AUGGGGCAGCCGGGCCAGGCCGCCCCACACUUCCAGCGCGCUGUUGAGCUGCUGGCGGCCGCCCAGCUGCCCCUGGAGGCGCUGCGCUGCCUGGGCGAGCUGGCCUCCUGCUUGCUGCUGGGCCACGACCAUGACGGCGCCCUGGCCGUGCUCACCCAGGCGCAGCUGCUGGCCCAGGCCGGGCCCAGCCCGCCCAGCGGUGCCUUCCUAGAAGUGCUGGUGCACUGCGAGGUGUCCCGCGUGCUGCUGCUGCUGCUGCUGCAGCCGCCGCCGCCCAAGCUGCUGCCGGAGCACGCUCGCACCCUGGAGAAGUACUGCUGGGAGGCCUUUGAGAGUGGGGCUGGGGUAGGUGCUGGGCAGCUGCCCCAAGCUGCCUACCUGCCCCCUGGCCUCUUCCUUCUGCUCCAGUCAGCUGUCAUGGCCUGCCAGGAGAAGGACCUCGAGGCACUCAAGGUGUUGCAGGCUGAGCUCUGGCCACUGCUCAGCCCCGAGCAGAACCACUUGCUGCACCUGGUGCUGCAGGAGAUGAUCAGUCCCUCAGGGCAGGGAGUCUGAGUCCCCUCUGUCUUCAUGCAGUGGACCAGCUUUGUUCAACUGCUGCCACCUUCAUGUGGAGGUGGGAAGCAAGGGGAUGAGUGUCAGCCCACUGCUGCUGCUGUCCUGGGAUUCGGCGCUCCCUGGGCCUCGCCCACCCUGGCAUUGAUGUCACUCCUGCUUGCUUGCUCUUUGACAGUGAUACGCUCGUGCUCACUCUGUGACAGUGACUUGGUGCUUCCACAGACACUGGGUUUGCUUGAACUGAGCUGCUGCUGCUAAUUUCACAGAAGCCAAAACCUACCUGGCAUCACCAGCGAAACAAACUUGUAUGCCACCUAGAGCAGAGCUCAGCCCCCUCUCUGCUACUAGGAAUAGUCUUUUGUCACCAAUCCUGACCUCCAGUCUAGUCCCUGUUGAGAACUACCAUCAGCACUGCAACUUAUUUCACCCUCCUCCUCCUACCACUUGCUGUGGGCUUCUGUAUCCUACUGCAGCUG